UUCCAAAAUAAAUGUGGUUAGGUUUUUAGAUGUUUUUAUUUUAUUGAAAUAAUUUCGUUAUUUAAUUAAAAUAUAAAUAAAUUUACUAGAAAUCGAAAUAAAAUGCUUGCAAAACAUUUGAGAUUUCGGGCGUGGAAUAUCAUAUUUUCGCGUAAAAGUUCCACUACGGUAGAAGCGAAGCCUAUAGAAAAUACUGAAACAACUACUGUAUCGGAAAAGAAAAACCCUUUAGAAUAUCCUGAUUACUUUCAAGUUCACAAUUUGUUUACUGUGAAAGAUUUGUUUGAUGCCAGAGUACAUUAUGGUCACAAAGAAGGUUCCUUGAAUGAACAAAUGAUACCAUAUUUAUAUGGCUCCAGACUUGGACAUUUAAUCUUCGAUUUAGACGUAACAGCUGAACACCUAAGAAAAGCUUUGAAUUUUACUGCCCAUGUUGCUUAUAGAGGAGGUAUAAUAUGCUUCUUUAAUAGAAAUGCACUCAACGCUCAUCUUGUAGAGAAAACAGCAAUAGAGUGUGGUGAAUAUGCCCACACAAGAUUCUGGCGGGGUGGUAUAUUCACCAAUGCAAAUCACCAAUUUGGUGCAAUCACAAGGUUGCCAGAUUUGUGCAUAUUUUUGAAUACACAGAAUAAUAUUUUAAACCAGCACACAGCAGUGAGGGAUAGUGCAAAGAUGUUAAUUCCAACAAUUGGUAUCGUUGAUACUAACUGCAAUCCCAAUCUUAUUACGUACCCUGUGGCCGGAAAUGACGACACACCUGUGGCUAUAGAACUCUACUGUAAACUAUUCAAAGGAGCAAUCAUGAGAGGAAAAGAGGCAAGGAUGAAGUUCUUACAAGAGGAAAGUUAAUAAAUACACUGUGAUGAAGCCAGUAACAUAUUUUAUAUAGUAACAAUUUCAUUAGCAUAGACUAUAGAAUAAAGUAAAAUUAACACUUGA